UACGUCAAAGAAACGUCAGCUGCAGCUAAAGCAACAGAAGCAGGACCCUGGAGUUUCAGUACAUACGCAUAGGUGAUUAAGACAUUAUGGCAAGCCUAAAACUGCGCAGGAUAUACGCUGUAGAAACGGACACGUACUUCAGCCGUAUGGCUGAUCAAGAAAACCCUUAGAGAAGAGUACGAAGGCGUAUGGAUCCACGAGAGGCAGUCCUAACGGCAGACUUCGUUGUCUGCACACGAGGUCAAUCCCCGCAGUGACGAAUGGCAGAGAAGUCGGAGAGCGGCGUCUCUGAGGUGGUGGUAAACACCAGCUUCGAUGACUGCAUAUCCAAGUACCGCGACUUCUUUCUACCCAAUGGCGGCCUGUACUGCAACUGGACGUGGGACCUGGUGCUGUGCUGGCCCCCCACCAGGGCGGGCACCACGGCCAAGCAGCGCUGCCCCAGCUUCAACGGGCUCGACCAGACCAAGUUCGCCGUGCGGCGGUGCUCGCUGGAAGGGCGGUGGGAGGGCCGCGACCCUUCGUCCCCUCAGGGCUGGACAAACUACACGCCCUGCUACCUGCCGGAGACCCUGCAGCUCAUGCGGAGGCUCUACGCCGGCUCUGAGGCUGCCGCCAAGGUGAAACUGGCGAUCGCAGAGCGGACGCGGACGCUGGAGAUCGUGGGCUUCAGCGUGUCCCUGGCUGCCCUGCUCGUCUCGCUCGCCAUAUUCUACCGUUUCAGGAGCCUGCGCAACAACCGGACGCGCAUCCACCGGAACCUGUUCGUGGCGAUGGUGGUGCAGGUGGUGAUCCGGCUGACGCUGUACGCCGACCAGGCGGUGGUGCGCGGCGGAGCCUCCACGCAGCCGGCGCCGGCGGCCCCGAGGACCGCCCACCGCCAGGGCAUCGACAACACGCCAGUGCUGUGCGAGGCGUCGUACGUGCUUCUGGAGUACGCCAGGACGUCCAUGUUCAUGUGGAUGUUCGUCGAGGGGCUCUACCUCCACAACGCCGUCACAGUGACGGUCUUCCAGGAGGGGUCCUACCUGGUGGCCUACUCGCUGCUGGGCUGGGGCGUGCCGGUGCUGAUGACUGCGGCGUGGGCUGUCACCACGGCCGUCCGGUACGGCGGCUCCAACAGGUGCUGGUGGGGCUACAACCUGACGCCAUACUUCUGGAUUCUGGAGGGUCCCCGCCUUGGCGUUAUAGUGUUGAACUUCCUGUUUCUGCUGAACAUCAUCCGUGUGCUGGUGGUCAAACUGCGGCAGAGUCGCACCAGCGAAAUAGAGCAGGCCAGGAAAGCGGUGCGGGCGGCGGUGGUGCUGCUGCCGCUGCUGGGGAUCACCAACCUGGUCAACAUGGCGGACGCCCCCCUGGACAGGGCCGCAUGGGAGUUCGCGCUCUGGUCCUACGCCACGCACUUCCUCGUCUCCUUCCAGGGCUUCUUCAUAGCCUGCCUCUACUGCUUCCUCAACGGCGAGGUGCGUACGGCGCUGAUGAAGAGCGUGUCGGUGUACCUGUCGCUGCGGCAGCACCAGCAGGCGGCGGCGAGGCGCAUGUCCGUCUUCUCAGGGGUGUACAUCCCCGCGGAGCGGCGCCAGCCCAGCCCCGUGGCCUGCACCGCGCUCGGCGCCACCCGCCGGCCGCUGCCCAGGCUCUCGGCCGCCCGCCGGCAGCGCAGGAGACGCAGGGUGAGCGACGAGGAGUCGCGGUGCGGCGAGGACUACGAGGAGGAGGUGGACGCGCUCGAGUCGGAGGACGCCGACGCCGCGCCGGGCGACGACGACGCGGACGUCGACGGCGACAGC